GAGAGUUCAAUCACAUGGAGUAACCAUAAUUCAUAGUAAAAGAGCCACCACGAGCUCCAACGACUCUAAUAUACAUACUCCUACUUUUACUCUCCUAUAAAGUCUCUCCAACGUCGUGUCUCCCCACUUGUUUCAUCAGUGAAGCAAAAAACGAGGGGGGGAAAAAGCCAAAGCCAGAGGCAGACAAAAAUCCUAGAGAGAGAGAGAGAGUAGAAAGGUCUUUUGAUCUUUUCUUUUUCUUUUUUUCCUACUCUUUCUUUCUAAUUAGCAGACACCAAAUGGCUGCAUAUGUCGAGAACCGGCAAUUCAGUCUCCUAGAACAGUGUCUACAAACGAGCGUCGUCCACGCCAUUAAGCCCGGUCCAAACCACCGGUCCGAUACCACCCGCCCGAUCGAGCGCUCGGUUUUCGACGACUACUCAUCCGGCGAAGAUGAGAGCCAGAAUGAAGAAUUCGAAGAAACGAUCAAGCAGGGGAAAAUGGAAUUAGAACCCUCCGUUUGUGAUUCAAGGGACAAAGGAACCUCCGACCAUUGGGUACACCGGAACCCGACGCUGAUCCGUUUAACCGGGAAGCACCCGUUUAAUUCCGAGCCUUCCCUGACCCGGCUCAUGCACCACAGGUUCAUCACCCCGGCCCCGCUCCACUACGUCCGGAACCACGGCCCGGUCCCAUUGGCCACAUGGGACGACUGGACCCUCGAGGUAACCGGGUUGGUCAAGCGACCGGCUCGGUUCACAAUGGCCCAGUUGGUGUCCGAGUUUCCGUCCCGAGAGUUUCCCGUUACACUGGUAUGUGCCGGUAACCGCCGAAAAGAACAAAACAUGGUGAAGAAGACAGUGGGCUUCAACUGGGGCCCUUCGGCGGUGGCCACUUCGGUGUGGCGCGGUGUACCGUUACGGUGCGUGCUGGAGCGGUGCGGCAUCUUGAGCCGUCGGAUGGGAGCGCUGAACGUGUGCUUCGAGGGGGCAGAGGAUCUACCAGGAGGCGGUGGGUCCAAGUACGGCACAAGUAUCAAGAAGGAGUAUGCGAUGGAUCCAUCGCGAGACAUCGUGUUAGCUUACAUGCAGAACGGUGAGCUCUUAUCGCCCGAUCACGGGUUCCCGGUGAGGAUGAUCAUACCGGGAUUCAUUGGCGGCCGCAUGGUGAAAUGGCUCAAGCGUAUCAUUGUAACAACUCAAGAAUCAGACAGUUAUUACCAUUACAACGACAACAAAGUGCUUCCGUCCCACGUAGACUCCGAGCUUGCCAACGCCCAAGCUUGGUGGUACAAGCCGGAAUACGUCAUCAAUGAACUAAACAUAAACUCGGUGAUUACCACACCGGGGCACGAAGAGAUAUUGGCGAUAAAGUCGUGGACAAGUGGAACGCCUUACACGUUGAGGGGUUACGCAUAUUCCGGAGGUGGAAAGAAAGUGACACGUGUCGAGGUGACGAUGGACGGAGGGGAAACGUGGCACGUGUGCCAGCUGGACCACCCAGAGAAGCCCAACAAGUACGGGAAAUACUGGUGCUGGUGCUUCUGGUCUCUGGAGGUAGAGGUCAACCAACUGGUUGCAUCCAAGGAGAUGGCGGUUCGAGCUUGGGACCAAACCCAAAACACCCAACCCGAGAAGCUUAUUUGGAAUCUCAUGGGCAUGAUGAACAAUUGCUGGUUCCGAGUGAAAAUCAACGUGUGCAAGCCCCAAAAUGGCGAACUCGGGAUCGUCUUCGAGCACCCAACUCAGCCGGGGAACCUGUCUGGGGGCUGGAUGGCUCGAGAAAAGCACAUUGAAACCCCCUCCAUCAACGUCUCCUCCAAUCAAAACAUUGAAAAGAGCGUCGCUUCAUCCCUCAUAACCACCUCAAAUCUCUACUCAAUGUCCGAGGUCGAGAAGCACAACUCGGCUGACUCAGCCUGGAUCGUCGUCCACGGCCACGUCUACAACUGCACCCGGUUUUUAAAGGGUCACCCUGGGGGCGCCGACAGCAUUUUGAUAAAUGCCGGAACGGAUUGCACCGAGGAGUUUGACGCGAUUCAUUCCGAUAAGGCCAAGAAGCUUCUGGAAGAUUAUAGGGUUGGAGAGUUGAUAACUACCGGAUACGCGUCCUCUACUGAUUGGACUCACUCGUCACCUAAUAACUCAGUCCUCCCCAGUGCGUCGGAAACGAGGCAGACGGCUCCUCCUCUUAGAGAAAUCGCGCGGCCAAGGAGUGUGGCGCUCGUUCCACGGGAGAAAUUCCCGUGCAAGCUUGUGGAGAAGAUUUCAAUUUCUCAUGACGUGCGGAAGUUUAGAUUCGCAUUGCCAUCUGAAGAUCAGGUGCUGGGAUUACCAGUGGGGAAGCAUAUAUUCCUGUGUGGGAAGAUCGAUGGUAAGCUGUGCAUGAGAGGGUACACGCCAACGAGCACCAUCGAUCAAAUGGGCUACUUUGAACUAGUGGUGAAGAUUUACUUCAAAGAUGUGAACCCGAGAUUCCCCAAUGGAGGUCUAAUGUCACAGCACUUGGAAUCACUCCCAAUAGGCUCUGUUUUAGACGUGAAGGGUCCAUUGGGUCACAUUGAGUACACCGGAAAAGGCAACUUCACCGUCCAUGGUGGCCAAAACAAGUUUGCUCGGAGGUUGGCAAUGAUCGCUGGAGGGACAGGAAUCACACCCAUAUAUCAGGUAAUUCAAGCGAUAUUAAAUGAUCCAGAAGAUGAAACAGAGAUGUACUUGGUGUAUGCAAAUCGGACGGAAGAGGAUAUUCUGAUGAGGGAAGAACUUGAUUCAUGGGCAGUGAAGAAUCCGAGGUUAAAGGUAUGGUAUGUGGUGGGAAAGUCAAUAAGCCAAGGGUGGAGAUAUAGUGUGGGAAAAGUCAACGAGAGUAUCCUGAGGGAACACCUCCCCGGGCGGGCGGAGGACGCGCUGGCGCUGGCGUGCGGGCCGCCGUCGAUGAUUCAGUCUGCGGUGCAGCCUAACUUGGAGAAGAUGGGCUAUGACAUCAACAGCUCGUUUUUCGUGUUUUGAUAGAUUUUUAGAUUAAUUGGGGGGUUAAAUAAAAAUCAAUUGAGGGUGUAAAAUUAUGGUAUUUAUCUUCUUCUUUUUCCUGCAGAUACUCACAAGUGUAUGAAAUUGAGGAAGGUGAAUAUAUGGAUAAUUUAUUUUCUCU